CUGUACAGUUGCUUUUGUGUACUUAAGGUAUUACACGUGCCGCACCAACUCCGGAAAUGUGUAAAGGCUUAUAUUAAACUGUUGCACGCAUAACAUGAAGUUAUUUAUUAAGCUGAGUGGAGAAGAUCAACUUCGCUAUCUUUUUUGCUGGUUAGAGUUAAUAAUCAUUUUUAGUUCGUCACUCAAAACAAUAUAUUCAUGCGAGAAGAAGAUGCCUGUGACAGCACUUCUUACGAAAGGCGAAGGUAGUGAAGAGAUGACGAUUCACGAACUAAAUGGUCACGUGGACCAUCUUGAGAUGGAUGUCCCGGAUGCGGUUGCUAAGGCCACAACUCCUACACCUACAACUCUCGGGAAAUCUCUCAGAAGUCUGAAAAUUAACGAAGUGUCGGCACAAGACGAUGACGAAGAAAGUCUGCCGGCAACUGGUAGCCAGUCAACGAGCUGCAUUCAUCGCCACAUGGCCACCGAGUUCACGUAUGACAUGUCCCACGCGUCACGCGGCAAAGUGCUCAUUGUCAACAACGUGAACUUUGCGCCGGCCACGAACAUGAGCAAAAGGGCGGGAAGCGAGAAGGACGCAGACGAACUGGCGGAUGCCCUGCGACUUUUGGGAUUCGGCACGGAACGAUACAAGGAUCUGACGUGUUCUGAACUUGAGAGAGUUUUCCAAAAUGUGUCUGCGCAAGAUCACAGUGACUGCGACUGUUUCAUGUUUUGCAUUAUGACGCAUGGCUCAAACAGCGUGAUAUAUUGCACAGACGGUGUCCUGUACUUAGAAGACCUCAUGCAAGAGUUGAAGGGAGAUCGGUGCAAAACUCUUGCUGGAAAACCCAAAGUCUUUUUCAUUCAGGCUUGCCGUGGGGAACUUCUCGACAACGGAGUUGAACUUCCCGUGGACGACCAAGGCACAGACGAAGUUGACAGCGGUGGCACACUGUCUAUAACGCCGGUGAUUCCCGCUGAAGCAGACUUUCUCGUAGCGUAUUCAUCACCUCCCGGUUACUUCUCAUGGCGGAAUGUCUCCUUGGGGGCGUGGUUUAUCCAAGCUCUGGUUAAGGUACUGAAGGAUCAUGGACCAUCGCUGGAAAUCAACCAACUCUUGACCAGGGUGAACCACGUGGUGGCGUACGAGUACAGCUCCAACUCGAGCAUGCCUGACUUCGACAACAAGAAACAGAUGCCGUACUACACGUCAACGCUGACUAAAGAGCUUUACUUCCAUUCAAAUAACCAUUAAUAUGUGCAGUAAUUUCAUCUCAGUUUUCAUUGCUGUAUAGUGCAUCUGCUUUUGUUUGGAUGUUAUCCAUUUACUUUUUACAUGUAAUGUAUUAAAGUAAUAGUAUACUUGUCAUAAUAAUAUAAGUAGCAGUAUUAUAACUCUAUCUUAGUUGUAAACAAGGGCGGAUCGGGGGGGGGGGGGCAAAGGUAUUCCUAGAAAUACAGGAUGUAUUAAAUUGAAUUUUCGUGUAGUGAAUUGUCAUUAUGUUUAACAUUACGAGAUAUUAUUUCAUAAGACACCGACAAAUGAUGAAGCUGUAGUGACCGUAACAGUACAGUGUUUUAAGCGCCACCAAUGCAAUCCGAAUGAAAGUCAAUGUGGAUUUUUCGCGUGUAAGACACUAUAUUGUUACGAUCAUAUUAUUUUUAUUGAUGGACUGUUUCUCCUGAUAUUCAAUACACCUCUGACACACAUUGUGAAAUAACAGUGGUCAAAAUUUGAGUUAAAUACAA